CCAGUCUAGUAGGUGGCGGUAAUGCAACAAAUUGGAUGCCUCAUAGAAACCUCAUAGAAGAAGAAGAACGUAAUUUUGUAACACAGGUUCGGGAUUCAACACCAAGGUAUCAGGAUGCUGUCCCUGUCCCGGUUGGCUUUGGUCUGUGCUGCGGCUCGGGGCCCAGUUGCUGUCUGUCAAGGCAGAGUGACGUCCAUCACACGACUUAACAGCACAACUGUUGAGGCACCACCAAAGAAGACAACAUUUGGACCCCUGGCUGACCAGGAUAGAAUUUUCACCAACCUGUAUGGCCGACAUGACUGGAGGCUAAAGGGAGCUCAAAGUCGUGGUGACUGGUACAAGACCAAGGAGAUCCUGCUGAAGGGAGUGGACUGGAUCCUCAACGAGAUCAAGGUUUCAGGGCUGCGGGGGAGAGGCGGAGCAGGGUUCCCCACCGGCAUGAAGUGGGGCUUCAUGAACAAGCCCAGUGAUGGCAGACCAAAGUACCUGGUGGUGAAUGCUGAUGAAGGAGAGCCUGGCACCUGUAAGGAUAGGGAGAUCAUGCGUAACGACCCCCACAAGCUGGUGGAGGGCUGCCUGGUGGCCGGGAGGGCCAUGGGAGCCCGCGCUGCCUACAUUUACAUCAGGGGAGAGUUCUACAAUGAGUCCUCCAACCUGCAGGUGGCCAUCAACGAGGCCUAUGCAGCUGGUCUGAUUGGGAAGAACUCCUGCGGCUCUGGCUACGACUUUGACGUGUUUGUGAUGCGUGGGGCUGGUGCCUACAUCUGUGGAGAGGAGACUGCACUCAUCGAGUCCCUUGAGGGCAAGCAGGGGAAGCCCCGCCUGAAGCCCCCAUUCCCUGCUGACGUUGGUGUGUUUGGUUGCCCAACAACUGUCGCCAACGUUGAAACGGUAGCCGUGGCGCCCACUAUUUGUCGCCGUGGUGGCACGUGGUUCCUAGGCUUUGGCAGAGAGAGGAAUUCAGGCACAAAGCUCUUCAACAUCUCAGGUCAUGUCAACACCCCCUGCACAGUGGAGGAGGAGAUGUCUAUUCCUCUCAAGGACCUCAUCGAGAGACACGCAGGUGGUGUGCGCGGUGGCUGGGGCAAUCUGUUGUGUGUGAUCCCUGGAGGCUCUUCCACACCCCUCAUCCCCCGUUCAGUGUGUGACACCGUGCUGAUGGACUUUGACGGCCUGGUCCAGGCUCAGACUGGCCUUGGCACUGCCGCUCUCAUCGUCAUGGACAAAUCUACUGACGUCAUCAGAGCCAUCGCCCGCUUGAUUGAGUUCUACAAACAUGAGAGCUGUGGCCAGUGCACCCCCUGCAGGGAGGGAGUGGACUGGAUGAACAAGAUGAUGUGGCGCUUUGUGAAGGGUGAUGCGCGGGCAGCUGAGAUCGACAUGAUCUGGGAAAUCAGCAAGCAGAUUGAGGGGCACACCAUCUGUGCCCUGGGUGAUGGAGCCGCGUGGCCCGUACAGGGAUUAAUCAGACACUUCAGGCCUAUCAUGGAGACCCGAAUUGCAGAGUUCCAGCAGAAGGACCAAGCCAGAGCUUAAAUCACUCCUUCGUUCCCUUCCUCUACCCUUCAUUCACAAAUUAUUUAAAUAAGAAUGCAUUGCCUCAUUCAUUGUGAAUAAUUGCCUUCCCGUUUUUGCCUUUGUCUGAAGUCGCCAAUAAAGCUGUAUGUAACUAAAAUAGUUAAACAAUUUAA